AUGGCUUCAGUCUAUAAAUCGUUAUCGAAGACCAAUGGUCAGAAGGAGGAGGCGCCUGCGAAUGGAGUGAAAAGAAACAAGCAGAGGGUACUGAUAUUAUCUUCUAGAGGUAUCACAUAUAGACAUCGGCAUUUGCUGAACGAUCUGGCGUCUCUGUUACCGCACAGCAGAAAGGAUGCUAAACUUGAUACAAAAUCAAAGCUCUAUCAACUAAACGAACUCGCCGAGUUAUAUAACUGCAAUAACGUUUUCUUCUUCGAGGCGCGGAAAGGUAAGGAUUUAUAUCUAUGGAUGAGCAAGGCGCCCAAUGGACCUACGGUGAAGAUGCAUAUGCAGAAUUUACAUACUAUGGAAGAACUCCACUUCACAGGAAACUGCUUGAAAGGCUCGCGGCCAAUUCUCUCCUUCGACGCAUCUUUCGAUAAAGAACCACAUCUUCGAGUCCUUAAAGAACUCUUCCUCCACAUCUUUGGCGUUCCCAAAGGCGCACGCAAAGCCAAACCUUUUGUAGACCACGUAAUGGGCUUCACCCUAGCUGAUGGCAAGAUAUGGAUCCGAAACUACCAGAUCAACGAGACUGAGCCAUCGAAAAGCACGGCCGCCGUAGAUGGAGAGCCAAAGCCAAAACAAAAGCACGGAAGAGAGACAGAGAUUAGUUUGGUGGAGAUCGGUCCACGAUUCGUUCUCACGCCAAUCGUGAUCCAGGAAGGUAGUUUUGGAGGCCCAAUAAUCUAUGAGAACAAGGAGUUCGUCAGUCCAAACCAAGUCAGAAGUGAGAUCCGGACGAAGAAGGCAGGGAGAUACAAUCAGCGAGCUGAGCAGGGUGUUGAGAGAUUGGCGAAGAAGGGAGAGUUGGGCUUACGGACGAGUGGUGGAAGAACGAUGCCCGUUGAUGAACUGGACACUGGAAAACUGUUUGCUUAA